AACCUUGCGACCACAUGACAUGACAUGGGCAAAUUGUACGUUUUUAUUUUAUUUAUUUCUGCGGAUUGCGGAUUCACGGUCACGGCUUACUGGUUGUGAAACAACGAACGGGUUACAUCUUGAAGUUUUUCAUCAAAAUUGUACACAAUGGGACGUAGGAUCUACAUAGGAGCCUUGGCCGCAGAUCACUCUCAACUUGGGUAAACACUACUAUCAAAAUCGUCUGAGUCAGUAUGCAUAGCCUGUAAUCAAAUUCAUUGCAACAAACGAUUCCUUUCCUGUGAUCUUCAUAAUGACUAAACAAUUCCUUGAAUUUAUCUACAAAUAUCACUAUCAUCUGCAACACAUAAAUGAUUUCAACGCGGUAAAAGUAGUCUUAGGAAACACAUCAUGCGAUUUGGACUCAGUUGUGUGUGCCUUAGUUUAUUCAUUCUAUUUGCACAUGACUGAAUCCACCUCGGAGAGUCGCAAAGUAUCUGUCAUUCCUGUCCUGAACAUUCAAGAAAAAGACCUCCCGAUAAAAACAGAAGUCUGCUACUUUUUGAAGCUCAAUAAUAUACCUCUGAAAAAGUUAGUUUUCCGAGACAGUCUCGAUUUAGCAAAACUCAGCUCCGAGAAGAAACUGGAGUUAGUCUUGGUGGAUUAUCAUGUUCUGCCACACAAAGAUGCUAAUCUUGCCUCUUCGGUGGUCGAAAUCAUUGACCACCGCCCACGAGAUCUGAGUGUUGUGUGGAAGGAUGUGAAAACGACCAUUGAGCGUGUUGGUUCCUGUGCAUCCCUAGUCGGCAGAAUUCUUCUGGAAUCGGAAUUUUGCAGUCUUGACAGGACAGUUGCGCAGUUGAUAGCUGGUCCGAUCAUUCUUGACACCGCCAAUUUUUCUGAAACGUAUGGCCAAAGCACUGAAGUAGAUGAAAAUGUUUAUGCCAAACUGAAUGAACUCUGGGACGAUUUGAUUCCACCAGCUGAUCUCUUUCAGCAGUUAAGCGAUGCUAAGCAAGAUGUUUCCUCACUGACAGCAGAACAAAUUUUAGGGAAAGAUAUGAAAGUUGCUGGCUCUGUGCCUAUAGCUGGAUUUCCAUUCCUCAUUCAGGAUAUUGUCUCUGGCAAGAGGAUUUUCGAAAAUUUCACGCAAGCAGUUGCUGAUCUUGGGACUGUAAACAAGUCAAAGUUAGUGGUGCUUCUGGGUCUGCACGCCGGCAGUGAUGCAAAUGAUAAAAUAGAGAGGGAUCUCGGCGUGUAUUCAAAUCAUUCCUCAAUAUCUGAGAAGUUUGUUGAGUUCCUGAAAAACGAGGCAGCAUUUUUACAACUUGCUCCUGUGUGUAAUGAAAAUCCAGCGCUGCAAAACCUAUCCGUCUUCAAAGUGUUGAACACGAAAGCAUCACGAAAAGCUGUACUGCCUCUAGUCAUGGAUUUUCAAAAUAGAUUUUCGGAUAUUUUAUCAGAUAAGUAACUGUCCACGUACAGUAACAAUAAGUGCUUGUAGUUCAUUAUAUCCGACAAUAAUUCAGACUUUUCUGUCAGUUCAUUUGCAUGGACCAAAAUGCAAUUUUUUUUUCAAUAUGUACUUUAAGUAGUUCACCAACGAUUAAUCUCACUUAUACCUAGUCCUAUCAUCAGCCAUUGUUAACCAUUAUCCGAGAACAUCAAACUCAGGUCACCUGGCUGGGAAUAGAAGGUAGAAUGUGCGGAUCAUAGGAUAAGCACUACAACUACUGUACCAUAGUAGGUCGCAUAAAUCUCAGCUCAAAUCUUGUAGUUAGUGAAAAAAAAGCACUCAAAAAAGUUUUGAUUGGCUAGAUAUACGAGCCCGAUUUUGUUUUCUACGAAGGAGUUCGUUAGCCUCAAGAGGCUUGAAAAAGUUUUUUAGUUGGCUACAACAUUGUUAACGGUUGCGUAUUAUUUCACGUAGUUCCGCGAUCUCAUUUUUUAAUGCAAGAUCGGUUUUAUUUAGUUUCUUGCACUUGUGGUACACAAAAUAAAGUAUCAGCACUAGUAUUAGCACAGCAAUAAGUACAUAGCGGGUUAUGUCGUGUGCGCUCAUCUCGUCGGUGAGGUUGAUUUUCUCCUCGUUAAACCAAGCAAAGAUGCCCAUUUUCAAAAAAAUUUUGUGUGUAAAGAGAUGAUUGAUUAUCCAAAAAAAACGCGCACUUUAAUUCACUCCUGGGCCCAUAACCUGUUGAAUUUCGGAUUUUUGGAUAAAAUUAGUUAAUCCCAUUUAUCGGAAACGAACUUUGAUUUUAAUAAGUAUUACAAGAGGGACUAUACGUGAGAGAGGCCUACAUGUCUAAGCUCGAACUAAACUGAAGCGAGGAGACGAGGCGACGGCCGGACGCCAAAAUGUGGCAUCAGCAUUAUUCUCAUGAGACACAUAGGUGCCAAGUUUCUCUUUGGUCAAAAGUGGCCUUUUUAACAUAUCCACAUCCAUUUUCUAAAAUGUAACGGUCUAUUGGGUCUACUGUAGGGGAUCUUUGUAGCCUUGGGUAACUCUUCUGCCCAUCUCCGCUGAUCAUUUGGCAUUUCUUGGGACCAUGCAUUUUCAAACCUCGUCCGAGUUGGCAACAGUGAGCUCUAGAACAGCCAUAAGUCACAAUGGAGAGUUCAACUUUGGUACUUUUAGAUACUAGUUUAACAAAUAACAAUAUUUGCUAACAAACUUGCUCAACUCGAGGAUGAUGGCUGUGGAUGAGUAUGUGACAUGAUUCUAGAGGCAGACUGUUACGCUCUCUCAAAAUCAGUCACAAUCUUGCAUACUUUCUCAAAAGUUAGAGAUUCGACUGUCAUUCAGACUUAUGACCAACUUGUCUCGGAGACCGCGAUCUCGAUGAGUACCAAAGUCACACUUGAGAGACACAUUCUUCAAUUCAGCGAUGAAAUCAGAAAGCUUUUCACCUUGAAUCUGUUUAUGUGAAUGAAACUUGAACGUUUCGGCAAUGACACUAGUUGCAGGACUGAAAUGUUCUUUGAGGUUUUGAACACAUUCAGUAAAGGACGAGUCUUUUACCGCGUUUGGUGCUAGAUGAUUCUUCAAAAUUUGAAAUCGUUCAGGAGUUAGUCGUAAGAUUAGAUGAUCAACUUUCUCGUCUUCUUUGAUUUUACAAACUUUGAAGUAAAACUCUAAUAAGUCUGACAAUAGAGUAAGUUGACAAAUUCAUUAAAGGAUAUCUCUGCUUUACGAUGAUAUGAAGCUGUAGUUCUUGUUUACGUCCGAUAGACAACUGUUUAUUAACAUUCUUUGGAGAGUUAAAGCGUAUUUUGGUUGAUGAUCGGUCGAGCGAAAGUGCCGCAGUCGAGCAAACUGGGCGUUGUUGUUGUUGAAAGCAGUCGUCAGAAUCCGACCGAUCAGAGAUGAGUUGCGAAGAGUUUGCCGGAUCAUAAGAAAAUACGAAAAAGUCGUCCCGGUUCUUUGGAGGGCGGGAAAUAUGAACCGCGGAUGGCAGAUUAGAGGUUAGCUCAUUGUUGUUGUUCAGUGGAAACAUGCGUUUACGCUUCCUCUAACGAAAAGAAGAAAUAAAACUUGUUUUUUAUGGUUGUUCGUCUGUUAAUAUUUGUGUCAUGAACAUUCCUGUGGGAUGAAAAAACAUCUCAAAACGAAGGCACUGGAGCAAAUAAGCUUAACACAUUAAACCUAGGUCAAAGACUCAAUGCUUCAAUUCAACUCUUAUCAUAGUUGAACGAAGGGAAAUCAAGGGGCUAGAGAGAAUCUUAAUUCAAAGUGGGAAAAAGAACUGAAAUUCCAGUCGUUGACAAAUGGAAUAAGACAAAGAAUAUAACGUACCUAUUAAGUUUCUCGAAAACUAUAAUUUACCUUGAAUACUUCAUUUCCUUAGGUAUCAUUUCUUUCUUCCUAUUGCUCUUCCUCGGCGCAGCACGUGGAGAUGCUUCCUUCUUUAUAGAUCUUGCCGCACACUUUUGUUGUAUAAUAAUGUAAACUUAGUGACUAAGAAGAAAAAAAAUAAAACAGACCACUUCUACGAAUGCAGAAUCGUUGAAAACAAAAGAGUGUCUGACACAAAGAAAAGAUAAAAUUGAUGAAAGAUGAAUUUGAUGAAAGUUAAAAAUUAGGUGUAAAGAAAGAUUGAGAAUAGAGAAAAUAGAGAAUGAAGGGGGGGGGGGAGAGAGAAAAUUAAAUUCGAAAUUAUUUUACCUCGGGUUCUGCUGUUUUCUGAUGACUAAAAUCUUCAGCUUAUCACUGCCAUCGCCAUUGGAGCAAACGAGACUGGUAAUUCUGUCUUUGCUCUGUUUCAACCCCUUGCAGUUUCCUUUCUUUUGACUAAACGUUCUGUCCGGCAACAAGUUGUAAAACAAACCAAAUUCAUCGGCAUUAUAGAUGUUUUUUAACUCAUAGCCUUCCAUUAUGUUGGGCAACUUUUCUUUAAGCAAAGUGGAAGUAGUAGUGUCAUCCACGCUGCUGCUUUCUCCAGAAAUUCUCCAAGAAUUCUCCAAGAAAUUCUCCAAGAAAUUCUCCAGAAAUUCUCCAAUGAAAUAGUCAUAAACAAACUCUCAAAAGAAUCAUCAAGGGUGUCACGCGUAUGUUAGAAAGCGGAAUCCUGUCCAGAAAGAACCUUGCAUUGGAUGCAGAAACUGAUAACUGCAUCAGAUGCGAAAUUUUUUUCAAAACAGGAUUCUGCUUUCAUUUUUUUGACUUUCGCCAAUUUGUAGAUGUAGAAUGAUUCAUUAGGCUUAUUUGCCAGGGCUAUCAUCUUUUUUUUGGCUACAAAUUCAAAAUCUACUGAAAUUUGUAACAUAAUAUGUUGCACGCCAGGAACCUUGAAGAAUCACUUUACGUUUUCUACGGUUGGUGAGACAAAUGCAUCGGUGGGCAAAAUUUCUUAUACUUAAGAAAUAAAAAACAACAACAAGCUUACCAGCUCAGGUGGGUGUGGACGGUUAAAAAAUUAGGAUUAACCUAGGGUUCCUACAGAAUCAGCAUUAAAAUGGUUGUCUUUACCUUUGUAGCAUUCCUUCACCUUCUUCAAAAAGCACUCCCUGACAUGCGUAACACCACUCAUAAUGAACUUUUAAUUCACAACUUAAAAAAGUAAAACAAUUACAAAUAUAACAGCGCCGUAUUGCUACUUGAACGUCGUACUUUAACUGAACUGGCCCAAAA